UGUUGUGGAGAAAUGGUUUUCAGGUUCAGUGAGAUUCCUGUCUGAAAACUUCUUCACCCAUUUUUCCUGUGCAUCAUUGCUUGUGAAGUCUUCCUGUUCUUGUCUGUAUUGUGUAGGUUUUGACUGGGAAGUACAAGUUUUCAUUAGCAAAGUGUUGGGCCCACUGAGCCUUGUCCACAAACUUAAAAACUUCAUCUUACGUAGGGGAGAGUAGAAGUGUUUUGAGUUCCUGCAGAGUGUGACUAAUCUUGUUCCAGAGUGCAUUUAUAGUGAAAUGGACCUGUCUUAUCCUUUCACUUAGAAGAUGAUUUUGUGCUCUCCAUAGAUUCCACUCUGCUCUGUGUCCCCUCACCGUGGAUCCAAGGCGCAAACUCCUGGGAAGAAGUCCCAAUCUUAGGAAAUCUUAGGUUGAAACAGAGAUUCUUCCUAUAAUCCGCUAGUUUUUUUUUUUUAAUUCCCUUUCAUACUCCCAUACUAAUUGAUUGGUGUUCUUCAAUAUGUAUGUGAGUUUCUCAGUUAUCCAGGUCAUUGUAGGCUAAGAAAUUUCUUAGUCUAAGAAAUUUCUUCAAGAAACUUAAAGAAGUCCAGACGCUUUUCUUUCCAAGCUCCUAAGAUGAUACCAUAAGGUGUUGUAUGUCUAUAAAUAUGCACACACACGCACACACACACACACACACACACACACACACACACACACACACACACACACACACACACACACGUAUACAAGUACAUAUACAGGGGAGGAGAUAGAGGCCACCGAUAUCAAGACAACGAAGCUCCUCACCAUGCGUGGAGGGUUUAACCCCAAACCCAGCACCCUGAGGCUGUACGCUAAACGGAAGGAAAGAGGCCAGGGACUGAUGAGUGUCAAAAACACUGUCCAGGAUUAGACAGGAAACAUCCACAAGUACAUCAGGAAGAUCGCCACAACCAACUGUGUGCUUAGUGAAUACCUCCGGCAGCACAAACCCAAGAAAGAAGAGGAGCAAAGAGAAGAACCCUCAUAUAAGGACAGGCCACUCCAUGGUAUGUACCACCGGCAGAGGAAUUGGCUGACAUUCAGAAAUCCCAGCAGUGGCUGGACAAAGCUGAACUGAAGGACAGCACAGAGACACUAAUCAUGGCAGCACAGGAACAAGCUCUAAGUACAAGAUCCAUAGAGGUUGGGGUCUAUCACACCAGGCAAGACCCCCGGUGCAAGCUGUGUAAAGAUGCCCCUGAGACAAUCAGCACAUAACAGCAGGGUGCAAGAUGCUAGCAGCAGGCCAUACAUGGAGCACUAUAACCAACUAAUCGGCAUAGUAUACAGGAAUAUCUGUAUGGCCUGGAAGUCACGAGGUCAAAAUAGGACACUCCCCGUAGGGUGGUCAAUAGAUGUAGCUACACUACAUAUACCAUUAGCCUGUGGUAGAGAACCCAAGCUUGAAGGAUAGAGUGCCCGAAGGGGCGAGACAGGAUUUUUUUGUAAUUUUAUUUAUCAUGUUAGCCCAUUGCUAGGUAGGAAUGUCCUCAUGUUCUAGGCAACAUGAGGGGAUUAAAAUAAAACAUUUAUUAAUCAGAUUUGUAAAUAUAAACAUGGUCUAAUUUUGAUUAAAUUAAACUGACGGGAUGGUGUUGUAGGUGUAAAAAUGCAAGAACAUACUAUUUUGGUCCUUUGGUUGUCAUGCAUAAAUGAGUUAUUGUGGAUAUAAAUUAGAUUUUACUGCCAUGAAAUGAAAAUACCACUGUUGUUUAAUAGGAUGUUAUAUGUGCAUAAAUCUUGCAAACAGGUCAUUUUAGUGUCUUGGCCUGGCAACCACGUGGCAUCCACUCUGUAGAUAAGAGCCUUUAGAGGCCUAAAAUGUACCUGUGUGCCAAGUUCAGUUGCUCAACUGUGUUAAGGGAGUUGGUGGAUAAAGUAGCAAACACACAGACAGACAGAUACUUCAUGUGUUAAAGUGAGAUGCACUAAUGUCAAGAUUUAGCUUAGGAAAUGCUUAGUUCCUCAAGAACCUGCAUUAUAUUUAUAUGUAAAACAUUCAGUUCAGUUCAAGAAUGAAAGUUAGACAUUGACAUGACCAUUACUGACUGAUAUGGGCAUCCAGAGAGGAUAAAAAAGGUAUUGCGUUGGUGUGUUUUAGGUUUCUAAGCUCAUGAUGACUCAUGUACAGUACAUUACAUAGCUAGUGCUUAAAAUGAAGACUUUAAUAAAAAUGAAACAACACAUGAUCUGAUUAAUUUGAAGGAAACCCCUGUGAAAGAGUCAUUAAUUACAUAAACUAGUCUGAAAAAUAAAUGAUAGAUGAAAAAUGAUAGGUAAUGGCAAGUUGCAUAAAGUCAGUUAGGAAGGAGAUAAAAUAUAUACCAAAAUAAAGCCACCAAUUAGAGAACAGCCCCAGGAUCUCCUGGUGGGUUUAAACACGCUCAUGUGGUGGAGUUCUUUUCUUUUUUUAUUAGGUAAACUGUUUUUAUAUUAACAGCAUUUCAGAUUAUAAAUUAACUCAUGUUCAAAAUGGUUGAUCAUGCAGACUUUGGGCUGUUAACUAAAGAUUAUGUCAGCAUGACCAGCUUUCCUCUCUCCUUUGCCUAUAAACAUAGCCACAGAAGGUCUAAGAUGGUCAGUAUACUACCUAACGAUUAUAUACACCUUUAUUUUAAAUGUGCAGGUUUGUAGAUGAUGGCUUUUGCACCCACUAAUUUGGAAUAAAACAUCAAAGUUGUUAUUCAGAUGAUGCUGGUACUAUCCUUGUGAUAGCCCUUAAAUUUCCAUCAGGACACUUUGACUUUUUAUUGUUUCCACACCUGGUAUGUUGACAUGAAGUGCCCAUAAACAUUUUCAUCCUUCUGUCAUGUUUUAUUGUUUUACAGCAUCUUGAUUGUCUAUAUAAAUAGACCUAUGGCACAUAAAAACAGAUGUAAAAUCAAAAUGCAAAAAUGAAUGACACCACAGACAAAUCACCUCUAGCCCCCCCCCCCCCACACACACACACACACACACACACACACACCAAUUUAUGUGCUCUUUUCCUAUCAGAAAAUAUUUCUACACUUUCUUUUAUGAUUGUGUAAACUGGGUGCCUUUAUGUUGGGAAUGUUAUGGGAAUUGUGCAAAGAACAUGUGCUCUGUGGCUAUUCCUGCAUGAUGAUGCUUGAUGACAUGAGAGUCCAAUAAAGCUUUAAAACCCACGCAGCUAUAAAAACUGGAGCCAAGGUCCAAUGGCAUUUCAUAUUUCAUUGUGAUUUUUUUUUAUAUGCAUGUGUUUUGAACGCUGACCCCAUAAAACAUAGACUAUUGGUUAAUUUUUUAUCUUUCGGCCAAAUUUUAUUUGGCUUUGGAACCGUGGGCAUAAAGGGCAGUGAUCCAAGCUCACUCCAUCUCUUUGUCAGGUCCAUCUUCUUGGACAGGGGGAGAAACUGGACUUGUCUCAUCUCAAGGACUCUAAGAAGCCCCAAAGUGUGUGCAAGUUUUAGGAUCUGCUGAUAUUCUUCUUCUGCAACAACAAUGUCCAUGCUGAAGCCAACCACCAUGCUGCCAGACAUCUGUGACUAUGCUGCCACAGCCUGCUCGGGCACAGACUGCCUUGUUCCUCCAAGUAACUUCAAUGCCAUCCUGAGUGUAGUGCUGAGCACGGUGCUCACCAUCAUGCUCGCCAUGGUCAUGUUCGCCAUGGGCUGCACAGUGGAGGCUGCAAAGCUGUGGGGUCACAUUAAGAAGCCAUGGGGCAUUAUCAUUGGCUUCCUCUGCCAGUUUGGCAUUAUGCCUUUUACAGCUUUUGCCUUGUCACUGGCUUUUGGGGUCCAGGCUGUGCAGGCAGUGGUCAUCAUCAUCAUGGGCUGCUGUCCAGGUGGCUCAAACUCCAACAUCAUCUGCUACUGGUUGGAAGGAGACAUGGACCUCAGUAUCAGUAUGACAACCUGCUCCUCUCUCCUGGCCUUGGGGAUGAUGCCUCUCUGUCUUUUAAUCUACACCAGUGUAUGGACAUCCAGUGACACCAUCAAGAUCCCAUUUGACAGUAUUGGUAUCACUCUGGCAGCCCUAAUCAUCCCGAUUACUGUGGGAAUGUACGUAAAGCGCAGGUGGCCUGAGAUGGCAAAAAAGAUUCUGAAGGUUGGAUCCAUUGCUGGCUUUGCUCUCAUUAUUAUUAUAGCUGUGGUUGGAGGAGUCCUCUACCAGUCGUCCUGGACCAUUGCUCCCUCCCUGUGGAUAAUUGGCACCAUCUACCCCUUUAUUGGAUGCAGCCUUGGGUUCUUCCUAGCUCGCUUUGUGGGUCAACCCUGGUACAGAUGUCGAACCAUUGCACUGGAGACAGGUUUCCAGAAUGCCCAGUUGUGCAGCACUAUCGUCCAGCUGUCCUUCAGCCCAGAGGAGCUGGAAAUAAUGUUUGCCUUCCCCCUCAUCUACAGCAUCUUCCAGCUCGUGUCAGCACUCGUCUUUGUGGGAUGCUUCCAGCUUUACAAAAGGUAUUGUGGUGGCGGUUCGUCUGCAAACAGUGACGCUCCAUACGUGGAAGGUCACAAUCCUGAUGUAGAAGAGCAAAAGUAUUGCCCACGGGAAAAUGGUGGCUUUGAGGGCGAUGAGAGCAGCAACAGGGAUGUGAAGGAUAAAAGCACUGACAAAAGCACUGACAAAAGCACUGAGCUGUGAUAUUGCAGCCCUGAAAACCAGAGACUUUGGGUUGUUGGUAUGAGCAAUAACAACUGCAUCACUGAACAGACCAUUCAGACUCUACUGUGAAGACACUGCACUCUGCAAGUUUUAUGUGCGCCACACUAAACCAUUUGGAAAGGUUUUAGCUGAACAGGGUUGCACAAAUUUUGUAUCUGGGACAGUCAGUAUCUAACUUCAAGUGGGAAGUUGGUGGGGACCAACUGCUGAAUUAUGUGUUAUUUACUUUUAUUCAUAUCUAAAUAUUUAGAACCAUGUUCCCUAUACUUUGUUAGACACGUGUCUCUUAAUCAGUGCUUCAGUGAUUGUAAACAGUGUGUUUUGGGGUUUUUUUUUUAAGGUGACAGCCAUAAUUUAUUUCAUAUUAAUGUUAUUUCAAUAGCAACAAGAACACAGUGAUGACAAUAAAGAACAAAAUGUGAUAUACUGAUGUAGUUACAGUGUAAGAAAAGUCUAUGUGAGAGCCAGUCAUGUAAAAGGUGCAGUGGAGUUGUUUUUUUUGGUUUUUUCAAAGUGUGUGGUUGAAACGACCCUGCCUGAUGAAGUGGCACUGAGGUACAGUUACCGCAGAAGGUAACUCAAAAGCAGGUGGGGGUACAUGCAAAUAAUCUGAAGAAACACCAAUUUCAAAAACUGAGUGCAACUGUACUUGCUUUGCAGAGGGGUUGGCAGUUAAAUAAAUGCAAUGGACAAGAAGUAGAAAUCAAGUAGGAUGAAGAAAACCCGAAAGUAUACAGAUCAGUUUAAGUUACACAAAUACAAGAAACAAUGUAAAUAGAUUGCUAAAACAUUAAAGAAAAACUUGACAUUUCUUAACUAAAACUACGGUUAGCAAUAAAGCUGUUAGCAUGAAUUAACUGUGUAACAGCUCCAUAAAAGUAGGUUAAAGAUAAACAGAUAAUUUUUAUUAUUGUUGUUAUCUAAACAAGCAUAUUUGUUGGAUGUUAUUUAUGCCCUGCUGGGCACACAUGGAGCGGCAUAACUGAAUGGGCGGCUUAGUUUACAGGAACAUCAGUGCCAAAUAUGGCCUAGAAGUCCCGUGGUCAAAAUAGGACAUACCCCCCUAGAGUGGUCGAGAAUGACCAAGCCAAGAUCCUGUUGGACUUCCAGAUACAAACAGACAAACUGAUUACGGCUAACCAACUGGACACAGAAGUGGUGGAUAAGCAGAUUAAGAUGGCCGUAGUGAUAGAUGUAGCUAUCCUAAAUGACAGCAACAUUAGAAAGAAGGAACACAAGAAGCUGGAGAAAUACCAAGAGCUGAGAAAAGAACUCAAGGAGAUGUGGAGGGUGAAGGCAACAUUAAUCAGAUUUGUAAAUCCACCAUAUAGAUAAUAACCUGUAGAGGCCUAAAAUGUACCUGUGUGCCAAGUUUGGUUGCUCAACUCUUGAUUGUGUAGAGGGAGUUGGUGGAUAAAGUAGCAAACACACAGACAGACAUUUCAUGUGUUAAAGUGAGAUGCACCAGAUUUAGCAUGGAAAUGUUUACUUCCUCAAGAAUCUGUAUUAUGUUUACAUGUAAAACAUUUAAUUUAGUUCACGAAUGAAAGUUGAAUAUUGGUAUCACCAUUAUGGACUGAUAUGGGCAUCCAGAGAGGAUAAAAAAGGUUUCUA